GAGCGCGCGCUAGGGAUGUUAAGUGCACUUAUCUGCAGCAGGUACAGAUCCUGUCACUCUCACGCUUUGGAUUGUGUUUGACAGCUCCGCGUGGCUAUUCUAGCUCUCUUUCUCCGGUGUUUGCUUAAGGAGCCUUACUCGGCGGAAGCGUCUGGAAAGUUAAAGUGUCACAAGCUCAGCCAAUGAAGCUGGAGGUUUUCCGCGGGGGUCACUACGACUCCAAGCCCACGGAGCUCUGCAGCGACGCCGAGGGCAGCAUCCCGUCGCCGAUGUCAGCGGAGGAAGAGCUGGGCUCGGAUGGAGAUUGCGUGGCGCACAGUCCCGCACCUGUUCCUCCCGGCGCAGAGAGUAAAGGCAAGCCCUACACAAGGAGACCCAAGCCUCCGUACUCAUACAUCGCUCUGAUCGCCAUGGCCAUCCGGGACUCGAACACAGGCCGCCUGACUUUGGCCGAAAUCAACGACUACCUCAUGAAAAAGUUCCCGUUUUUUAGAGGCAGCUACACCGGCUGGAGGAAUUCAGUGCGCCACAAUCUGUCUCUCAACGACUGCUUUCUCAAGGUGCUGCGGGAUCCCUCCAGACCGUGGGGGAAGGACAACUACUGGAUGCUGAACCCACACAGCGAGUACACCUUUGCGGACGGAGUGUUUCGUCGGAGGAGAAAGCGCAUCAGCAAAAAAACGGGCAAGGAGCCAGAGGGGCCGAGCCAAGCCCCUGCGGUGGACACUAUCGAUACGCCUCCUUCCAGCGCCAAGUUUACAAGCUCCUUCGCUAUUGACAGCAUCCUCAGCCGACCUUUCAGGAAAGAGGAACGCAAAGCCGACACCUGGCACGGGGGAUAUGUCAUGCGGGGCUCCCCUGUGGCUCAACCUCAAACGCAUGCGCUUCUAUCCUUUGGACCACCGGAGGACCCCGCCAUCAGCUGCCGCCACCAACGAGACUUUCUCCCGUUCCAGCUGACAUCCGAGUGCCUGUCGAUCCCACACGCGUCCGCGGGCUUUCACCCCUUCAAGAUCGACUAUCUGUUGUCGUAAUAUCGAGUGGGUCUAGGGUGGGGAACUUUGGCACUUUCUGAGCACUUGUGACUUGACAAAGACAUACAUUUCAUCCGCCUGCGUAAAGAUCGUCCGGGAAAGUUUUGUGCAGAAUGACAGCGAGUGAAAGUUGUGAACUAUUUAAUAGCUGUAUUGUCCUACUGAGCGCUUGCGUUGUUUUAAGCUGUCGUCUGUGUAUUUAUUUGUCCUUUGUGUUUGUUUUAAGUGUGUUGAACCAGACGAUUCUUGUAAAUGUAAACUUGUUUCCAUACUGUUCGAGAUAAACUAUUCAAGAGACAAACUCACUUGAGUUCUUACAAAGAAAGUGAGGCUCCUGCAUCUAAACUGGAAUUAUUGUAAACUAUUUUUUUUUUUCUGACAAAAUGCAUGCGCAUUUUAUAUUGAAUAAUAAAACAUGCUUUAAAAU